UUCGUCUGCAAAAACAACGUCGGAUUCGUGUUUGUUAUUCUCUCGAGGCUCUCCUCCGGGGCGGAAAAGAUGCUUCGUCAUGCACUGCUAAGAAUUCAAGCACCCUCGGCAGCCGCAGUGUCGGCAAGGGGCAAGAGCUCAGCGGCUGGAAAGGGCCACUCGAUCAGCUGGUCCACGGGUGAAGUACAGCACCCAGCCCCUCCAGACUGCCCUGUGGGGAACAAGGGAGACUACCCACAGCAACUACCAGAUGGAAGUUUGCAGUAUUUUGGAUUCCAGUAUUACCCAAGAUACCCAGGCCAGGUUGACCCAGCCUAUGACCCCGCACCUUUGCACUUGGUCACGAGAGUGAGAUGCCUUAAGAGAAAGCCAUGGUGGGAUGUUAUGAUCAUGAAGCAAUUAGGGCUUGACAAAAAGAGGAGUGAUGUUACAGUGGUAAAGAAUAACCCAGAAAACAACGCAAAGCUUUGGAAAGUGAAGCACUUGGUGAAAAUAACUCCCCUGAGAAUUCAAGACAACUUACCAGAAGAUGCAGAUCCAGCAAGUUGUUUCUUGAAGGAAACUGGAGAAUUCAUAUACUCCCCCCACAUCAAGGUGGAUGAAAAAGCACUUGAGGAGGAUGAAACAGUAACGGCUACAAAAUGGAGUCAGAAGUUUAUUGACAAGGAGACACGCAAAAACUGGCAACAUCCCUGGCAAUUAAAGCUUUGUUAGCUGCUAGAGAUUUGCUUAGUACGAAGUAGAUUGUCUGGGACGUAUUCCAUGUAACAAAAUUAAGUUAGUUUCAGAUAUAAACAACUUGAAAAGCAUUUGUUUGAUAUUUCAUUAAAAAGAUGUAAUAGGAUUGAUGUUGCAACAUUUUAUAUUCUGAUUUAGAAUUUAUUUGAAUUAUUUGCCAUGAAUUGUUAGAUUAUCUAUCCCUCUUCUGUUUAGGUAACAAUGUCAUUUGGCUACAGUCAGUUUUGGCAAUGCCUAGAGUAGGGAGUACCAAUGUACUGACUGAAAUAGGCACUUUGUAUGAAAAAAAAAGAAUAUUCAGUACCAUAUGAAAAAUAAAUGUACAUAUUGUAAAUUGAAGAUUUCGUAAAUAAACAGCCUUAAUGGA